AUGAAAUUUGUGCUUUAUAUUUUGACAUUAUUGCUUUUGAGUUGUGCAUUUUUGACAUCACAAGCCAGACCACAAUAUAAAGGUGAGCUAAAAUAUUUUUUUUUGAUUAGAAAACUAGAAGUUCAAUAAUUCAUUUGUGUUUUCAGAUAUUGACUAUCGACUUUUUGAAGAUGAACCUGAUGAUUCAGGUGUUAUAAUUGAUAGGAUACUUGAUCCACCAAAACAAAGACAUCAAGCACAUAAGAAACAUCAUAAAACAGAACACAAGAAAAUGAUGAUCAAAACAAAUCGGUUAGAACGACUACGAAGAUAUCUAAACCGAUUUUGAAUUUGUAAGUUUUUUUAAUUUGUUAAAUAGGGUUUUAAAAUAUAAUUUAAAAAAGAGAAUAUUAAUUGAAUAUAUUUGCAGCAAAAAUCAAGAGUCCAUGUCUGUCAUAUAUCCUCCAACUUCGUCUUUCUUCCAUCAAGCUAUCUUCUAUACUUUACUUUCAAAUUUUUUCAAUUUUUUUUCUUCAAAAAAUAGGAUCUCUUGAACCCUGUGAAAAAACCAUUACCAACCAAUCAAUUUGCUCACUCUAAUUUUUCUAUCAAAUUAUACUAAUACUUAUAUUUUAAUCUGUUUUGUUCUUGUUUUUUUCUGGUUCAUACAAAGAUCUCACAACUUAAUACAAAAGAAUAAAUUAUUCGUAUAUUAUAAUUUCGCAACAUUUUUUUUCGGUAUUCGAUUAGUUUACUCGAGUAAAAAAAACAAUUGACCUUGGAUCGACUUACGGGAAGAUGAUAUCAUAUUUUCGGAAUUUCUUUUGGCGGUAAAUAAAUAACGACGAAAAAAUGACCAUUAUUUGCACAAGUUAUUAGAAGAAGAAGUUAUGAAAUGUUGCCAUUGAUUUUGAAAAAAGAAAUGAGGCCAUUGAGAAGGGUUUUAUGAAACAUUUUGAACUUAAAUUGAGAUUUUGAAGAGCUUCGAGAUUUAAAAAAAUGCCAAUAAUAAUCCUUGAUCGAAAUAAACUAACAAUAAGAAAAUAUUGUGAAAUUUGGAAAUUCACAAAAAAAAACAAAAAGUUUUGAGAUAGUAAAACUGGUUAUGAAGUUUUUUGAAAAAAUCCAAUUUUUUGGAUGUCCAAGUACUUUUCCAGAAUUUUGCUGGAUUGGAAAGUUUGAAGAAACACAUUUUUUUUGAAUUCCUGAUGUCAUUUUUUGAAAAUUCGAAUAUGAUUUUCUUGAAAAAAAAACAAUUUUCUUACUUUUGACAUUUUUUUUACUGUAAUCACCUUUUUAUAUUUAUAUUUUUCGUUUUAAAACCCUAUAAUAAAAAAAUGAAUCAAAAGAACAUUUUCUUGGAACUAAUCUUAAUUCGAUGCACUUUUACAAGAUUACGAAUUUCUAGUUUUUUUUUCUGAUAGAAAAUAUAUCAUAUGCUUUUUUGUUGCAGUUUCCAAAAAUCACUUUAGAAAAUUGAACCCAAUUUUCGGCGCCAGCGUCACACGAGAAUAAAAUACACAUUUUCUGCUAAUUAAUACAUUUAUCUGAAAAUUGAAUAAAUACUACAUGAAAAAUAUAUAAAAUCAUCUGUGGGGGAAAAAAGAAAAGAUUAUUGCGAUAAAGGAAAAAGGAAAAAGCUCUGAAUAAAUUAGGUAAUAAAUUAUGUGUUUAAAAAUACUGUUCUUUGUUGUUUUUUACAUAUGCAAUGCCAUAUUUUCCAAUUUUGUCAAGAAAGUCGAAACUCGAUAAUCAGCAUCACAUUGACGUGAGAAAUCAAUAAGAUCGAGAAGUCGUUUGAUUCCAAUUCCAAAUCUGAAUGAAAAAAAAUCAGUUUUGAUGACAAAUCUAAUUUUAGAGCUCUUGAUUCGACAGGAAAUUAAAAUGGAUUUUUUUAUUUCUGCAAAACUAGUGUUUUUUUCUAGUUUAAAAUUUUUAUGUUUUGAGAAACAACAUUCUGCAAGCGGGGAAACAUUUUUCGCUCGUGGGAAAAUUGUCAUCGAAAAAAAUUCGUGUGAGAAAAUUUUUAAUGAUUUACUUACGUAGCGUGAUCUAGAUAUUGUUCUAUUAACCCAUUUUGGAAAAUUGGAAACGUGGUAUUUAUAUAUUUUCUCAAUUGAGAAAUAAAGUCAAAAAAAAUAUAGCAAAAUGGUAAGAGAGAAUAUGAAAAAUUAGGUAGAACCAGAUAAUUUUCAGGAUAAAAAAGUAUCAAAGCAAGUGAAUAAGCCAAAGAAAACUAGUCUAAAAAGGAAAACAAGCAACUCCAAAAGGAAAAAGAACAUCAAGUUCGAGAAGGAAAGGAAAAAGUGAAACACCAACAAAAAAUCAACAACCAACACAAAAAAGUUCUCGUUCUCCGAUUGUCGAACCAAUUCCUCCACAAGAUCCAUCAAAUAUCAAAAAAGUGGAAAUAUGCCAAAAUAAUUCGAAAGACAAAAUUGUUGUGAAAAUCAAGUCAAAAGAAUCGAAUAGAAUUGAUUCGAAAGAAAAAGCAAGAAAAACUCUGAAUAUUGAUAAAGAUGAAGAUUUGGAUGAAAUAAUGAAAUUGGUGAAAAAAUAUAAAACAAAAAAAGAUUUUGCAAUUGUGCCGAAAUCCAAUAAACAAUUCUAUCAACUUGAUCAAAUGAUUCGACCAAAAGCAAAAUCAAUAAUAAUAUUGAAUGCAACAAGUCAUAAAACAUUCAAAUCACCAAUUAUUCCAACAACUCCAAGCACUUAUACUUCAAUUGAUUCUAGAGGUAAUAAAAUUCCUAUUUAAAAAGAAUCAAUGAAUUCAAAAUUUUUCAGAAGAUGUCUAUGAUUUCUAUCCAAAAUUAAGUGAAGUUCUGAAAUUGCCACCAGAAGAUAUUUAUAAGGGUAACACUGAUCCAGAAUGGAUGACUUGUAUUGAACCAACUGAUGAAGAUUUGAAAGAUGUUGAAGGAGCUUGUACAGUUGGAAGUGAACAAAUUGAAAUGUAUCAUUCGAAACAAUUUGAGCUACAUGUUCCACCAAAAAUCACGUGAGAUCAAUAUUACAACUGACAUAAGUUUUUUUAUAAAUCAAAAAAUAUUCUAGGAAUACAAUGUUCGAUCCCUGGAUUCUUUCAAUCAAUCUAAAAUCCCGUGAUGAUGAUUUCUUUACUCCUCCGCUUGUUUUCAGUAAUACAAUUCGUAGUUUGAUAAACACAGCUGGUGCAAAAACCGAAUAUAAGAAAAAGGUUCCAACAAAAACAAACGAAAUGAAAUUAUCAAUUGUAGAUGUUGACAGAACUAAAUGUUUCACUUAUACGGUAAGAAAUUAAAGAAAAUUAAAAAUGUAAAUAAAUAGAUUUUUUGUAGAGAACAAAUGCAAUUGAAACAGCAUCAAAGAGGAUUUAUAUGAAAAUAGAAGAAAUUCCGAAGAAACAAGAUCUGUCAAUAUAUUCUUCGAAAUUUCAACAGAAAUGA